CGUGCGUGUGUGUGUGCGCACACACACAUCUAUAUAAACUACAUACUACUUUAUUUGAUCAUAUUCCAUCAUUCUUUUGGGCGUCAGCUAAGAGUGCAUAACACGUCACAAAAACACAGAGAAAUAAUACCAUAAAAAGUAUAAUAAAAUUUCAAAUGUACGUACAAUCUUUUUUUUUUUUUUUUUUUACUUGAACGCACAAAUAUUCUUGAUGCUGGGAUUUCAAGAGGAUUUUUUUAAGCGAACCUCUCAUUUAAUGUCUACUGGAAAUGUAACAUAGACUACACUAAAACGGUCGCCCUCGCCCCAAAUGUAUUUUGCUUUAUUUAAAAUUGUGCAAUUAUAUUCGCGUAUUCUUUUUUUCAAUGGUUUGUCGUUGAGACAUAUUAUGUACAUAAUGUGCGUGUGUGUUUGCGUGUGUGUGUGCGUGUGUGUGUCUGUGUGUAUGUCUCUGGGUGUGUGUUGGCGCAUGUAUAAUGAAAAUAAAAACUAUACCUAACAGUAUUUCGCAUCAUUGACGAAAACGGUGUAUAAUUUAAUAAUCGAUCUCAAUGUGUAAUAUUAAAGUAUACGUUAUUAGCUGUAUACUUUAAAUAAAAAAAAGUCAGUUAUUUCAGCAAAUGUUCAGAAAAGGCGCGCAAAAAUACGUGCGCAAAUUUAACCUGAAAUUUAAAGAUUAAAGACUACGAAUGGGCAGGGACAAAAUAUAAGUCAAUUUGACUGCUUUGUCAAUUUUAAAUGCGACAAAAAAAGAUUUAUUUUUUCGCCCCUAUAAUUUGUUUAGUUUUUUUUUUUUUACACAAUCGCCACAUGAAGUCAAAACAACGCCUGGGAUAAAACAAACUUCAUUGUAUCCACAUGCACUUCUUCAUCUUUCAAAACCCAUUUAACAAAUUGUCCAUCCCUGUCAUUUGCGCUAUAAUUAUGCCCCAUCAAAAAAAAAUGUAACAAAAUACAUUUUAAAUUAAGUGGAUGCCAUGAUGAUGAGAAAAAAACAUGGAAAAUACUGUUAAGUAUUUAAAUGUAAUUAAACCUCACGUGGUUGACCACAAAACACGAUACGAACAUUGGGUACAUUGUUUAUUGUUGUGGGCGUUGGACUGGAAUGUGUGUGCGCGUAUGUAUGUGUGCGCACGCCCGUGCGCUUGCAUGCCUGUGCGUAACAAUUUGAAGUGAAAACAUUUUCACCUAUAAUACCGGCAGACCAAAAUAUUUGAACAAAAUACAAACCGGUUAUUGCAAUACAGAUUACAUGUAUUUCACUUUGUUACUUGUAUGUGUGUGAAGGAUUUUUCUCAACUAAGGUGACAUAUUUUCAGUUUUUAAACAAUAAUGCAGUCUCUGCUGCAUGCCAGCAACCCCCCCAAACAGUGCUUGGUAUGAACCAAUUUCAAGUGCUGGUUCUAGGUGUCGCUGCAGACUGCGCCUUGGAGCUGCUCUGCAGUGCGUGUCAAGGCCACUUUCAAAGCUCAUUGGUGGGCUCGUCAUGUGGUCGGCGCGCACGCUGACUCGAGGCGCAGAUAUGUCAGCUUCCAUAGGACGGCCAAAAUGUCCUUCCCCGGCAACUCAGCUGCGGCAAACCCCUUCCUAAUGGACGCUUUCGCUUACGCGCCGUCCGCGCCCGACUACGCGAUGCAAACUUGUGGGUUGGUGCCACCUUUGGCUAAAAAAGGCGAGCACGGCCACCACGGCGCGGCCAUGUACUUCGCCCAUCACCAAUGGGGCGAACCGGGCAGGGCGUGCAGACUGGCGGAGGCGUCCGUCAGUCCCAACUCUACGUACGCACAGAGCAUCAAGGAGGAGGGCAACUGCUGCAUGUUCACCGAGAAACGCCUGCAAGCAGUCAGCCAGCAGGCAGACGGCCAUCUCCACGCGUACUCGCCCCUUGCGGCCGAACCGAACCGAGCCGACGCGCCCGAGGUUCCAGUUCCGGGCUAUUUCAGACUAAGCCAAACGUACGCCAACGGGAGGCAGGAGUGCCACCAGCAGCCCAGCCCGACGUUGAUGCAGCUGGAGCGCAUCGGCCCGCAACCGCAGCCCGCACAAAAGGACGCCCCACCGCGCAGCCCCGGGGUCGCGGGGAGCCCGGCGGAGCGCUACGCAUCCAGUGUGGAGGAGGAAGAAGAAGACGAAGAUGAGGAGGACGAGGAGGAAGAAGAGAAGAGACAGUCGAGUCCCGAGGUGCUGGUGCCACGGGAUAGCAAAGAGCACAAGCCCAACCCCCAAAGUGGUAGCUGGUUAACAGCCAAGAGCGGCCGCAAGAAGCGCUGUCCCUACACCAAGCACCAGACCCUGGAGUUGGAGAAGGAGUUCCUCUUCAACAUGUAUUUGAGCCGGGAGCGCCGCCUGGAGAUCAGCCGGAGUGUCAACCUGAGCGACAGGCAGGUCAAGAUCUGGUUCCAGAACCGUAGGAUGAAGCUCAAGAAGAUGAAUCGGGAAGGUCGAGUGCGAGAACUGAACUGCAAUCUCACUUUCUCCUGAAGUAUCAUGUGGAUUCCCUCCAGUUGUAUUGAUGCAGCCAUCAUGUUAGCAUUACACAGCUUCCAAAUCUAAAUAAUUGUUCUGAUAUGCCCACUUUGGCCACCAGGGGUCAGCGUUAUAAAACAGACAAAC